AUUUGUUAUUUAUUAUUUCUGUAGUGUCACUGAGAUCUCACUGUGAUAUAAAACAUGCUGAUCAAUAAUAAAACUGCACUUAAGCAGCUGUCAUGGGAACCGCUGCUGUUUGCACGACUGUCCAUCAGAUGUCACUGUCAAAUGAAGCCUGUGUGCCACUUCCAAUAUCAACCUCUCUCUCUCUCUCUCUCUCUCUGUAGCAGAAAUAGAGGAAGUGGGUGUCUCUCUGUCACAUUCAGCAGUUCAUGUUAAACAUGUAACCAGGAAAGAAACACUCAAAACUCAUCUGAAGACACAUCGAGAGCUUCAGAAGAACCAAAUCUACUAACAACAGAGAAGAUCACUGAAGAAGAGAGAAGAAUGAAGAUCAUCUGGACUUUCACUCUGCUGAUGAUUCCUGAUGUCGUGAGGUCAAUUAGUGUGAAAGGAUAUUCAGACGGUGAAGUCAACAUCACAUGCAGAUAUGUGGAGAAAGAUACCCAAAACACAAAGUAUUUUUGUAAAGGAAAGAAGCCAGAGAAAGAAAAGGGUAAGUGGUGCAUUGAACUCAUCAGGACUGAAGAGAAAGAUAAAUGGGUUCAUUCUGGAAGAUUCUCUCUGUAUGACGACACAAGAGCAGCAGUUUUCACGGUGACCUUCAGAGAUCUGAGUGAACAGGAUUCUGGGAUGUAUCAGUGUGCAGUUGAUAGAACUAUGAAAAAAGAUUCAUACACUGAAGUAAAGAUGAACGUUAGAAAAGAGAGAGAUAAACACCAAACAACAUCAUCUUCUCUCUCAUCAGUUAAACCUCCACUGAUCACGUCUCCAUCUCCUGUAACAGGCUCUUCUCUGAUCAUCAGUGUGUCUGUUCUUCUGCUUCUGAUCGUCCCUGUGAUUCUGUUAGUGAUGGUGACUCUCUGGAGGAGGUGUCAGUCACACAACACUGAUUCCUCGUCCAAAAGAUCUCACACAACACCAGCAAACAGUGAAGCCACCGGUGACUCUCAGAUCGUCGUCACAUCUGCUGAGGAUCUGAAUUACGCCGUGGUGAAUUUCCAGAAGAAAGCAGUCUGUCCUGACAGAGUCAGUUUGAGGAAUAAUCAGGAUUACAGUGAAUACGCUGCUGUCAAUCAUCUCACGAGCCACAGCAGAGGAUGUGUGUAAUAAAUUAAUUUAGAGAUAUAAAUCAUUCACAAUAUACAGAGACCAAAACUAACACUGAGCAUCAGAUGAGACACGUACUUUGUCAACAUUUAAUAUUUAGCGUAUGCAGACUGAUUGUAAUGUCAGAGGAUUCUGGUAAAUAAAUAAAAAUGACCUGACACAUUUAGGAAAUCUUGUAACAGUUUUUAAAUGAAUCAGGUAAUUUUUAUCUGAAUAUAUAUAUAUAUAUAAUUUACUUUUUACUUCUGCAUCUAGAUGUAAUCUAAGGUAAAAAUAUAAUUUUCUUAGGUAAAGUGUUUUUUUUUUUUAAUGCAUCAUUACAUAGAAUCACAAAAUAAUGGAUGUUUUCAAACAUGUUUCAAUGUUUUGGUUAAAAGUUAUUUUGUUGAGCCCAGAAAUAAUUCAGUUGUACUCUCAUUCAAAUUCAAGUGAUUUCUAAAUACUUUUCUAAAUACUUUGUCCAGUCAUGUUUAUUUUAUUUUUCAUAGACAACACUCUCAGUUUAAAAACCAACUUCAGUCUGAAAAGUAAUUUUAUUUUACAAAAAUAUUUUUUUUGUUAUUGUGAUAUUCAAAUACCUGAAAAUUACCUUUUUAAUCUGUGAUUAAGUCUUUGUCUCAAAGUUUAUCACAAAUGCUGGAGGCGUUUUUUGUGUUUGUGUGACGAUCAGGUCGUUUUUACAUCCAUUUCAAAACCACUGAAAACUGGUGAAGGGUUCAGGGUCUCAGUUUAGUUUGAGUGUGAAGGUUAAACAGCUUUAUUCAGGAAACCCACAGCUAGACUCAUGAGACUGAACACAGACAGACAGAAGAUGAUCAUUCAGUGAUUCACCUUCAACAAAAGCCUGAAAAACGUUUUAUGAUCAACAAAUUAGCCAUGUUUGAUUUGACAGUUUUAUUUUCAUAAAUAGGUCAAACAAAAUCAAAACAAUGAGUCUACAAAUCAAUAACAGAGACUGACAGACAUUUGUGUUGUUUAGGUUGGUAAAUUAAGCAAAUACUGCCUUAAACAAGUGACAACUCCAGGUUUUACUGUAAAUCUGUUUAAUUUUAAUGAUCAUUAUCAUCAUUAUUAUCUCUCUGAGCAAAGUCAAAGCAUAAUAAUGCAUCCUAUUAUGUUAGUAAGAGUAAUAUGCCAGUUUGCUAUUCUGAAUUCAGCCAAAGACUAUUGAAUUAUUUACGGACUUUGAUUCAGCAGAGCAUACUUGUGAGCAUUAUCUAAUGUGAAAUGUCAGUUUUUGAUGUUGUGUUGUGAUAUUACGGGGGAGAAACAGUGAAAUUACUCUACGAGUCUGUAUCUGAAAUUUUACACCAUUUUUUUAAAGACCAAACAUAAGUUUGACUUUGUUAGCAAUUUUUUGAACCGCAUGUUAUUUCAGAAAAAUGCCUUAUUUUUAUUUUUUUAUUACUAGCAUAAGGAGACUUGCUUGUGAAAGUCUCAGUGCUUUGUGUUUGCAGGGUUGUUUAAUUCUGUGGUCAGUGUGAUAAAGAUCAUCAGCAUGAGAACAUCUCCAGCUUGUGGUUUUCUUUUGCUCUAUUUAUAUUCUGUGGGUCAAACCGAGAAGCCCUUUAGCCACCCGCAGGUAUGAUAAAAACAGGAAAUGGUUUCUUGAGUAAAGAUGGACACAAACUUUCCACUCUGUAAAA